CAAAAGUCAGUCGAAGAAAAUGUUUCGAUCACUAAUCCUACUCACUUUUUUAGCCCUACCUUUCUUAGUUCUCGGAAAUCAAAGGAUCAUAGACGGUAACACAGUGAACAUUAAGGAUGCCCCGUGGUAUGCCUCGAUUCUGGUCAGAUCCUAUCUGAAAUGCAGUGGAGUCCUUGUUUCAAACAACUAUAUCCUGACAGCGGCCAAGUGUGUGGAUGGUAAUAAAGUGAAAAACAUUAAAGUUAGAUUGGGUACCAGCAGCUGUAGAUCUGGUGGAUCGCAGCUAGGAAUCUGUAGUGUGAAAAUCCACAGCCAGUACUCCAGUUGGCGCUUCGACAAUAAUCUGGCGUUAUUAAAAACCUGCGAGCAACUUAAUGCCACAGAUGCAAUAAAACCCAUCGAGAGGAUCGACAAGUUGCCAGAUGAUAAUUCCCGAGCCAAUAUAACCGGUUGUGGUGCCAGAUCGGGAAGUUGGUUUGAUGUGAUUCAAGAGAAGAAGUCUGCGGGCAUUUUCGAUGGCCUUGUGAACCUAUUAUCCAAUUUGCCUGCCCAAUUGCACGGCACCGAAGUGAAAAUCCUAAGCGAAAAGCAGUGCGCCGCAGACUGGACCUUUCCAUUUCUUCUUCACGAUGGAAUCUCUGAGCUGACCAUCUGUACCAAGUCUUCCCGCACGGGAGCCUGUUCCUUUGAUAUGGGGGCUCCCUUGGUCGUCGACAAUAAGCUGGUGGGCAUCCUUUCCAGGGCAGGCUGUUCCAUCAAGCCAGAUGUCUUUUCGAAUGUCCUUAAGCACACGGAUUGGCUGGAUAGCAACAUUAAGCUGUAAUAUUAAAUAUUUAAAAUGAAAAAA